AUGACACCUCACAGAAAUGUCUCCACUGAGGUUUCAGACUUCCUUCUGAAUUGUUUUGUCAGGUCCCCCAGCUGGCAGCUCUGGCUGUCCCUGCCCCUCAGCCUCCUCUUCCUCCUGGCCAUGGGGGCCAACACCACCCUCCUGGUCACCAUCCGGCUGGAGGCCUCUCUGCACCAGCCCAUGUACUACCUGCUCAGCCUCCUCUCCCUGCUGGACAUGGUGCUCUGUCUCACCGUCAUCCCCAAGGUCCUGGCCAUCUUCUGGUUUGACCUCAGGGCCAUCAGCUUCUUUGCCUGCUUUCUUCAGAUGUACAUCAUGAACAGCUUCCUUGCCAUGGAGUCCUGCACCUUCAUGGUCAUGGCCUACGACCGCUAUGUGGCCAUCUGCCACCCUCUGAGGUACCCAUCCAUCAUCACUGACCAGUUUGUCGCCAAGGCAGCCAUCUUUAUUUUGGCCAGAAAUUUCAUUUUCACACUGCCCAUCCCCAUCCUCUCUGCUCGACUCCAUUACUGUGGCAGAAAUGUCAUUGAGAACUGCAUCUGUGCCAACAUGUCUGUCUCCAGGCUCUCCUAUGAUGAUAUUACUAUCAAUCACCUCUACCAGUUUGCUGGGGGCUGGACUAUGCUGAGCUCUGACCUCGUCCUCAUCUUCGCCUCCUACACCCUCAUCCUGCGGGCCGUGCUCAGACUCAAGGCAGAAGGUGCCGUGGCCAAGGCCCUGGGCACCUGUGGCUCCCACUUCAUCCUCAUCCUCUUCUUCAGCACCAUCCUCCUGGUCUUCGUCCUCACUCAUGUGGCGAAGAAGAAGGUGUCCCCGGAUGUGCCCGUCCUGCUCAAUGUCCUCCACCAUGUCGUCCCGGCCGCCCUCAACCCCAUCGUUUAUGGGGUGCGGACCCAGGAGAUCAAGCAAGGAAUCCAGAGGUUGCUGAAGAAAGGGUGGUGAUGAGCACAGCUGAGGCUCUGCCCCCCACAGUAGGAGGAGUUAUAAACCAGCUCAUUAGAAAUUGGCCGAAAUCCAUUGCUUAGAGAUAUAAGAGCAGAAAAUAUGUUUAAGUCUGAAGCAAUUUCCUGACUUUAUCCUUCUUCUUCAAACCUCAGUGCUUGCUGCUAAAUGCCUGACACUUCUGAGACUUUUAAAAUGUUUUCCCAAUACUUACUACUUUGCUGUGUCUAAUAUGAGAACAUAUGGAGGAGAAACUCUACAGUGGAGAAAUAAAUCUCAGUUAAUACUGUAUUUACUAUGUCUGCAUGUGCACUUUUUAAAAUUAUAUAUAAUUAGGGAUAUAAAUAUCUUUGCGUGUCCUUACUAUUGUCAACUUGUUGUUAUUAAUUCAGUGACAUAAUGCAGUUGCGAGAAGAUCACAGUAUUUUAAAUGUCAGCCCUAAAUGAAGAAAAGUAGCUAGAGUCUCUAUGUGCAUCUCUUUCACUUGCCUCCAACCAGGUCCUCCUACUCUUUGUAUCAAGCAAAGCCUGUAUCUUGUUAUCAGGUGCAAGCCUCCAAAGGACAGAGCUCUUGCAAGAACUGCUCACAUGUGAAGAAAUGGGACUUCCUGUGUUUAGGAGAAGGAGUUGUACAAGGCUUCUUCCUCAGUGUCUUGGCACCAUUGUCUACACUCGAAGCUGCCUUUUUAGGAUUCAAAAUGAAUCCGUUUGUGAUGUGUACACCGAGCUCUGCUUUAGGGUACUAACAUGUCACAAUGUCAGAAGAUGUUCCAGGAAUGACACUGAAAUAUACUACGGCUUAUUAUUAACUGAAGAAAGAUGUUCCAUUCAACGGCUGUGGUGCAGGAACUCAAGGGAACGAAGAUGCGUAGAAUGAACAUGCAAUCACUGAGGAACUCACAUGUUGUCCAAAUGGAAUUAAAGCAGUC